AUGCUCUCACGUGUUGCUGCUGUAAUGGCACCCCGCACACACAACCGUCGCCGCGUGACCGGAUCCAGCGGAAGGAGGAGGGAAGGAAGAGAGAGUGAGCCGCAGAGGCUCAACAUGUCCCGGCAUGUGUUUACUUUUGCGGUGCCGCUACCCGUCGUCGUGAUGGUGUGCUGUGAAGUUGGAGGUGCACGCGCUGCGGAGGGUAAUGUAAGGGAUACAGUUGUUGCGUUGAUGGGGAUUAAAAAGGAACAGCUUGACAAAUGGAAGGAUGUUUCUAACGCUGGUGGCAAAUAUGGCUCGCUUCGUGGUCCCAGCCUCGUUGAGAUGCAGGGUCAUGUAUUUGCUAUUUCUGAGGCCGAUUGCAGGGAUGGAGGCAACUGCAGCGACGCCAGCUUUACUGGGGUUGCGUCAAAGUACCUUGGUUUAGGUGGUGUUGCUGGUCCAACGGAGAUCUC